AUGCCCCUCUUCCCCGCCUCCCUCAUCUCACAAGACGUCGCCGCCUCCCUCCCAGAAGGCUUCACCAUCCGGCCCCUCGAAAAGGAAGACUACGCAAAGGGCUUCCUCACGUGCCUCGAGCACCUCACAUGGACGGGGAACCAGACGGAGCACGAGUUCAACGAGCGCUACGAUGAGAUGGACACGCAGGGCAAGGGACCCUACUACUAUGUCGUCAUCGAGCACGCAGGGCGCAUCGUCGGCACGGGAGCCGUCGUCGUGGAAAAGAAGUUCGUAGGCCACGUCGAAGAAAUCUGCAUCGCCAAGCCCUACCAAGCCAAGGGUCUCGGCCUCAAGAUGAUUAAUGCCCUCGACUCGGUUGCCAGGAAUGUUGGAUGCACCAAGAGCCUUCUCAACUGCGAUCCUGCAAAGAGCGGCUUCUACCUCAAGUGCGGGUAUGCUUCUGCCGGGAUGGAGAUGCAGCAUCACUUCAAAAGUGACAAGGAGACGCAGUGA